GUAAAACGUAAUAAGAAAGCGACGACUUUCUGCUUAUGUGUUCCGGUUGCUAUGCUAACUAUUGGCAGACGAAGGAGUUUGUCCAGCGGUGUGUGGCAGUUCUCGUGAGAGCACGGCGGGAUCUGAGUGAAGGGCUGAAGGAUGGUCUGAUGGACCGCCGCUUCUUCCUGACAAUCUUCUUCUGCUCAGUGUUGUGGAUCUUGUUCUGGGAAGUACGGUGGAAGAAAAGGAAAGAGAGUCAGAUUGAGGAAUGGCUCCAAGUACAUAGCCUUUCUCAAUACAGCCACUUAUUUGAAGAUGUGCAGACACUGGAAGAACUGAGUCUGAAUGCACUGAGUCGCCUGGAGGAGGUGGUGAAAGAGCAGCGGCGUUGGAGGGAAAUUGCAGAAGCUCAUAUCAAGCUGCUUCGAGACUUUGCCUUCCAGGAGUGGCUUUGCUCCCAGAACCUAGAGCACUAUCACCACACACUGAAAGCCUUGGGUUGUAUGAAUCUGGAUGACCUGUCUCGAUUUGACAGUCAGCUUCAGCUCUCUUUAGCUGCCUGGGGUUACUAUUACGCCGACUACAUAAAGCUGUCCACAGGCAUCAAGAUUCUGCAGACCUCAAGGGCGAGCCGAGACCAGGACUACGAGAUCCGGCUGGUGCGCAGCCUUGCUGAGAGGCGUCUGAAUGAGAAGUGGUCAACUGCGGGAGCUCUCCUUUUUGGCUGUACUGUGGCACUGUGCUUUUUGAUAAGGGACCUCAUGUUUUACGUGAUUGGUGGAAUUACUGUUUCCAUCAUAGCGUUUUUCUUUACCAUCAAGUUCCUCUGUGAGCUCGCAGCUAGGAUCGUUAGCUUCCUGCAGAAUGACGAUCCCGGGAGAAGGGGCGACCGCAGCAUCUAUGACUAUGUCCGCGGCAACUACCUGGACCCGCGUUCCUGUAAGGUGUCAUGGGACUGGAAGGAACCACAGGAAGUCGGGCAGACAAUGACCUUUAGAGUUCAGCUUUUUUACAAAAAUGGCCAACCUUUCCCUGCACAUCGGCCUGUGGGUUUGAGGGUGAACAUCACCCACAUCGAACUGGCUUUGGACAUCCCGGUCACCCAGGAAGUUCUGCAGGAGCCAGAGUCCAACAUAGUCAAAGUAGCCUUUACGGUGCGCAAAGCCGGACGUUAUGAGGUUGCUGUAAAACUGGGUGGCCUCAAUGUGGCCUACAGUCCUUAUUACAAGAUCUUCCAACCAGGGACAGUUGUUCCAUCUAAAACCAAGAUAGCCUACCAUUUCUCCACUCUGGUGCUAACAAAUGGCCAGCAGCACACCUUGCAAAUUGAACCCAGAGACGAGUAUGGAAACCCCACCAGUAACUCCACGUCUCUCACGGAUGAAGAAAACUACAGUGUCCAUGUUCACUCUCUUGGCACUGUGGAUGAUGACAGUUUAGAUGAUUUCUACAAUAAGUCGGUUUCUCUCAACAAGCAGCAGUGCCAGGUUUUGCUGAGACUCAUCCUGAGGAAGACGGGUUGUUUCAGGGCCCGGAUCUCUUAUAAGGAUCAGCCGCUCAGCAAUGGAGAAUUUGACAUAAUUGUUCUCAGUGAGAAUGAAAAGGCCUGCGUGGAGAAGAAUGUGUCCACUCCAGGCAUUAGCAUCUACUUCGAGGCGUAUCUUUACAGUAGUGGCAACUACAGCAAUUCAUCUUGGCAGUUACCUGCCUCCUCUUUGCUAGCUCCUCAGAGGAGGCCCUCUAUGGGCGAGGAGGAUGAGGAGCAUGACUCUCCUGUGGAGGGACAACCAGAGAAGGUGAAGAAACCAAAAAAGGUCUACUGUUACAUAUCGCCAAAGCAACUAUCUGUAAAGGAGUUCUACCUGAAAAUUAUUCCAUGGCGCCUUUUCACCUUUCGAGUAUGUCCAGGAACCAAGUUUACCUACUAUGGUCCAGACCCGGUUCAUAAGUAUUUAACUCUUGUGGUGGACGACGGCAUACAGCCUCCUGUGGAGCUCAGCUGCAAAGACAGGAACAUCAUGGCUGCUACUUUCAUUCGCUUCCUGCACAAAAACAUUGGUGGCUCUGAGACCUUUCAAGAUAAGGUAAACUUCUUUCAGCGUGAACUCAGGCACAUCCACUCCAAGAAACCUCGCUCCAAAACCUGCCUAAAAAUCACUCGACAUGCCAUUCUGGAGUCAUCACUAAAGGCUACAAGAAACUUCUCUGUGUCAGACUGGAGUAAGAACUUUGAAAUUGUGUUUCAGGAUGAGGAAGCUCUUGACUGGGGAGGACCUCGCAGGGAGUGGUUUGAGCUUAUUUGUAAGACCCUCUUUGACACAUCCAACCAGCUGUUCACCCGCUUCAGUGAAAAUAACCAGGGCCUUGUGCACCCAAAUGCUGACAGGCCGCCCCACUUGCGUCUGAAGAUGUAUGAGUUUGCUGGUCGCAUCGUCGGAAAAUGUUUGUAUGAAUCCGCUCUGGGCGGAGCCUACAAACAGCUGGUCCGGGCUCGCUUUACGCGUUCCUUCCUAGCUCAGAUCAUUGGCCUUAGGAUGAACUACAAGUACUUUGAGACGGAUGACCAGGAGUUCUACAAAACUAAAGUCUGCUUCAUCCUAAACAAUGACGUGAGUGAAAUGGACCUGGUGUUUGCUGAGGAGAAGUACAACAAGUCAGGCCAGCUGGAAAAGGUGGUGGAGCUGAUUUCAGGGGGAGCUCAGAUUGCCGUCACCAAUGAGAACAAGAUGCAUUACCUUAACCUGCUCGCUCAGUACAGACUAGCCAGCCAGGUGAGGGAUGAGGUGGAACAUUUCCUGAAAGGUUUGAACGAACUGGUUCCAGAGAAUCUGUUGGCCAUAUUUGAUGAGAAUGAGUUGGAGCUGUUGAUGUGUGGCACUGGUGAUAUAAACGUGCAGGACUUCAAAGCCCACGCUGUGAUUGUCGGAGGAUCGUGGCACUUUAGAGAGAAGGUCAUGAAGUGGUUCUGGGCAGUGGUGUCCAGUUUCACCCAGGAAGAGCUGGCUCGUCUGUUGCAGUUCACCACUGGCUCCUCUCAGCUUCCCCCUGGAGGAUUCAACACACUCUGCCCCUCAUUCCAGAUCAUUGCAGCCCCUACACACAGCACAUUGCCCACUGCACACACCUGUUUUAACCAGCUGUGCCUCCCUACAUACGACUCCUACGAGGAGCUGCACAAGAUGCUAAAGCUGGCCAUCAGCGAGGGCAGUGAGGGCUUCGGCAUGCUCUGACUCCUUCAUCACUGUGGCUCCACUCAUUCACAUGAAGACCAGCACUGCUCCACUGCCCUGGUUCCCUGCAUUCAUUCCCAUUCAACAACCUCAACAUCGUGACAGUCCCUAUGUAUUUCUGUCAGUAGGAAAGAGCUAUUAAGGAAGUCCCAUUAAACUGAAUAAAAACUGGGGCUUUAGUCAUAUGAACCUUAAUGCUACUGUAUGUACAUAAAAUUUAAAUUGGGAAUACAAACUCGUGGACUGCUCAGAAGAAAAGGUGAUAGUGAAGAUGGGUUUAUUUCUGCUUUCCAGAGUUUGCUUAGCAUUAUAUGCUUUGUAGGACAUGAUACAAGAGCAAUGGCCUUGAGUUAUAUUGUAUGAUAACUGCUUCUUUUGCAUUUGGCAAACAGAGGAACACUUUAAGUGCAACAGCAGCCUCUACAUGCUGUGGGUGAUACAUCUGCAGUACUUUGGCCUUAAUCGAUCAGGGACUGAUGUGUGUUUUAUGUAAAUAUCGAAGCUCAUUCUUUUAACUCAAAACAUGUACAGAAUAACUUGUGUAGAGAUUUGUUUUUUUGAAGUGUCAUUUUAAGAAAAAUGAGUUAGUUACUGCUGCAUGUAUGUUAGGAUAAUUGUUUUUUGUUUUUGCCUGCUGGAGGUGAAAAUGGGGGUUUUAAAAGAAGCCAAGUAGUUUCUAUUAUAUGUUUUUAACUUAUUGAGUUUUGGGAAAAAUCAUUUGCUGACCCAUGUUGUGUUUAACAACCUGCCUUAUCCAUUCCCUUUGCCUCUGAUUGUAACCAGACAGGUGCUUUGGUGAGGGAAACAUAGGUGACAGGAAUAGGAAAUGAAGGAAAGUAUUGUUCAAUCCCUAUAAAAGAUAUAGAUACAUUUUUCUUUUUCUUUCUUUUAGAGCCCCCCGUAUUUUAUGGGUUUACCUCAGGAUUCCUCUGCCACCUAUGCAUCAACAGCUCUGUAUGUUUGCACCCUCACUCUGCAUCUGUAGUCCUGUUUUUCCCCAUUCUGGGUAAUUUAUUGGAAAGCUUUGUACUGUUUGGGAAUAUAUUGUCUUUUUGUUGUUAAAUUAUUGUGAAACUAUUUAUUUUAAUGCUUCGAGGGUUGUUUCUCUGAGCUUACGGACGUUAUUCGUUUCUGUUUCUUUUCUGUGCGUAGUUGUUGAAAUCUCUUGCAGUUAAAGAGUUUACAUGAUCAUCAGUCAUUUUGUAAUAAUAUGCCUAGAGGGGGUUUUGUGGAGCAUUAAGUCCAGAACAGGAUAGUAUUUUUUUUUUCUGUUAAUAUUUUUAAUUUUGUGCAUAUUCCCCACACGUACACUUUAAAUGCUGGCUCUGAAAUUAGCUUUGCCACUCAGAGAUUCAGCUUUCAGACAGUGAAAACAUGUUGAGCAGCUUCUAUAGCAGGCCUUCUACAGUGUUAAGAGGUUUGUAACAGCAUUUACAAAUUUGUGCUUGUUUGGGUUGUGCAAUGUUGGACCUGAUGUGCUGAGGAGAGCACUGAAAUGUGAAUUAUUUCUUCAGGGUGACAUUUCAGUACAAGUACCAAUGACUGCAAUCAUAUUUAUCUGCAAGGAAAAGACGUUUAAGCAUUACUUGUAUCAUAUGAAUCUUCUAAACAACAAUGAAGUAGGUUUGCUUUGUGGUUUUUUGUUUUACUACCAAAAGAUCCGCCAGUCUAUGUAAUGAUUGAAUGGGAUCCUGGGUUAGACAGCCUGAGCGUGACUUUUACUGAUGUACAUAUUGUGAAAUAUUUGCUUAAAACUUUGAAGUGGGGCUGUACUGCUUUUGUUUUUCCUUUUUUAAUGGCAAACCUCUGCAGAUGAAUGUUUGAAAAUUAUCUGGACUGCAGGUCCCACAUGUAUUGGAAUAAAAAUAUUUGGUUAAAUUCA